GAUGAGUUUCACGCGUAAAUCACACAGAAGCAAAGUUUAUGGCAAUAGAAGUUUAAUAGUUAUAUAUAUUGUCACAUUCGUGGUAUUAUUAAAUACGGGAAGCUUUGUAAAUGCUCAAAACUGUGAUCCGGCUUCAUGUGUGCACGGAACAUGUUCUGCCGACGGUGUUACGUGCGUUUGCGAUCAGUUUUGGACAGGUGCAAAUUGCAAUGAUGAGCAAUGCCACACACGAAUCAGUCUGUUGUCAGCAUCUGAGGGAGUGAUCAGUGACGGAGAAGGCGAGUAUCUGGCGGACACGCGCUGCACGUGGUUGCUGGAUACGGGCAGUCCGGGCGCUCUGCUGCGCUUCCGCCUGCAGUCGUUUGAGACCGAGUGCGGCUGGGACCACCUGUACAUAUAUGACGGCGACUCCAUCUACUCUCCGCUUGUCGCAGCCUACAGUGGAAUUCUAGUUGAGGAGAGUAGUACUAGUAGUCAGAAGUCUACACUCUACUCAUAUCCAGAGGUGACAACACGUUCUGGAAAAGCCUACCUUUACUUCCACAGUGACUCCGUUUAUUUCAUGGAUGGCUUUGAAAUAGCAUACAGUGUGUUAUCUUGUGCACACGAUUGCUAUGGUAAUGGCGUGUGUGAAGCAGGCAGCUGUACCUGUAGUGGUGGGUGGAGUGGGGAAGACUGCAGCCAACCUCCAUGUAAUGAAGACCACUGUUCAGUUCAUGGCAGUUGCGAUGUAGAUACUAACACCUGCGUUUGCUUACCAGGUUAUCAAGGUUCAGACUGCAGCAUCCCCACAUCAGAGCCACUAUGGAGCACUGUGACCCCAGUACAGGGGAACCCCAUCUCCCGGGCUUCACAUAGUGCUGUUGUCGUGGGUGACUCGAUGUGGGUGGUCGGUGGCUACAUAUUCCCGUCGACAGAAAUCUACCAGCAUCUGAUGAGGUUUGACUUUCUGACCAAAGAAUGGAAGGAAAUUGUUGCAGAAGGGGUGAAACCAAGUCCAGUAUGGGGCCACAGCCUUGUGCACUACCGGGAUGAAGAAGGGGAUGACGACCAGCUCUGGUUGUAUGGUGGAUAUAUUGGUAACACCGCUAUUGCUGAUUUGUGGAUGUACAGCAUCACAAACAAUACUUGGAGUCACAUGUCAACGCAAGGGAACACAAAUCAGAAUUUGGCUGUUUUUGGUCACACGGCCACUGUUGUUGGAGACAUAAUGGUCAUUAUCUUCGGACAUCACCCAAUCUAUGGAUACAUUAACACUGUGCAAGAGUUUAAUUUUAAAAGUAGAGAGUGGCGUCUUGUAGAGACGAGUGGAGGUAAACCUCGAGGCACGUACGGUCACACGAGUGUGUUCGAUGAGCGGACUGGAUACAUAUAUGUGCACGGCGGCAUUGCUGCUACUACUGGUGGUGACAGUCAAGGAUUCCUCGUAGAUCAGUUGCUUAGAUAUGAACCUGCCACCGAGCAGUGGUUUGUGCUACACUCCAGUGGUAGCAGGCGCUACCUACAUGCCAGCUCCCUCUCUGCUGGCUUGAUGCUUGUGUAUGGUGGCAACACGCACAACGAUAGCACACAGAGUACUGGGGCAAAGUGCCUGUCAUCUGACUUUAUGGCUUAUGACACAGUGUGUGACCAGUGGCUGGAGCUGAGUGGUCCGUCCCUGACUGGUGUGCAGGCUGCCCGAUUUGGACACUCUACUGCGACAUAUGGUGGCAACCUGUACGUCUUUGCCGGUUUCGCAGGAACUCUGCUCAAUGACAUAAUGUUAUUUACACCAGGAAACUGUUUGCUAUACACGGGUGACAGCUGUACUUCCGCUCGACCAGGAGUGAUCUGUGUCUUAAGCCAGAGCAGUGGCACAUGUAUGCCACUAGAUGGAGCUGCCGAUGCUGACGUGCAAACACACUGUCCAGAGCUUCCGGUUGAUCCCUCGGACUCCUGCGGAACUAUAUUUGAACGAAAUUGUCUCAGCUGCCUGGAGACUGACUACGACUGUGCGUUCUGUUUAAACUAUUGCAACUCGCCUAACUGCUCUACCAACCCGGAAAUUGCUAUAACAAACUCAUCCAUGUGCCCAGAGAUGUAUUCAAAUGACUGUUCGUACCACCACAACUGUCACAGCUGUACACUCGAUGCUCAGGUCACUGGCUGCUCCUGGACCUCUAGCAUGCAAGUGCCAUGCAUUUACGAGCCCUUUCCAGGUACACAGAGAUGCGAACAAGCUCCCUGCAGCUCAUACACAGAUUGUAAUGCGUGCAUAACUAGCCCCGAGGGUGUACCACCAUAUUGCAUGUGGUGUGCUAGCGAGGGCACCUGCAUGGAGCCUAAUGCUUACCUGGCCAACUAUCCCUACGGGCAGUGUCUGGAAUGGACCAACAGUGAGAGUGGAUGUUUAGAUGUCUUGUGUAGCGAGCAGAAGACGUGUGAGGAGUGCCAUCAGCGGCCGGGCUGCGGCUGGUGUAACGACGACGCAGACACCGGUCUUGGCGUCUGCAUGGAUGGCGGUGACACCGGACCCGUGAACGUGACGGUCAGUGGUGACCUUCCCGUUCCGCCGGGACAGUGCGCGGGGAAAUGGCAUUUUUCUUCUUGCCCACUGUGCAGCUGUAACGGACAUUCCACUUGUGCGGUGAACAGCAGCGUCUGCCUGGAUUGCGCAGACCACACCGAAGGAAUGCAGUGUGAAACCUGCUCAGCUGGCUUCUGGGGCAAUGCACUGCAGGGCAACAUGUGUCAAGAAUGCGACUGUAACUCACACGGCACAGAAGAGUGUGACAGGAAAAGUGGGACGUGCACUUGUACUACAAAGGGCAUCAUCGGCAACCAAUGUGAAACGUGUGAUGCACGUAACAAUUACGUCGGAGAUGCCAUGAAUGACACUUGUUACUUCCCAGUCAUGGUUGGAUAUAUCUAUACUGUGCGUAUUAGCACAGCCAAUGAGAAGUACAUCUCCAGCAUUAACUAUAUAUGCGCCGAGCAGAAGGAAAAUGUUGACAUUGGGUUUUCAAUCAAUUGUGAUGCAUCUCUCAUGUUCAACCUCACAUGGAACUCAGAUGGAAUUGAUGAAGAGCAGCUGUUAUACAGUAGAAACUGCACCGGUCGCACAAUAAAGGUGAAAUUAUCCCGGUAUGAGCUGGACAUGGGAAGGAACAAUUUCACUCUCUACCUGUACAUCUACAACUUCAGUAGCCCCAUCACUAUUGCCAUAAUGUUUCUAGCAGAACGAACCGCGCUAGAGAUCAUUCAGUUCUUAUUAAUCUUCUUUGGCUGCUUCACAUCACUGUUAGUGAUCUCAGCAUUGAUUUGGAAGGCAAAGGACAAAUGGGACUUGCAUAGGCGCAGGCAGCGAUUGUUCGUGGAAAUGGAAAAGAUGGCAAGUCGACCAUUUACCUCUGUCUUCCUUAUGGUGGAUGAGAGGGUGCCAUUGGUAGAAGAUGAUACAGAUGUAGAGCUACUGCCUAGCAUAGACCUAGUACCAGUCUAUCCAAUGCAAGGAUCACCUGGGAAAUCCAAGAGUGACGUUGACCCUGUUGUACUGGAGCCAUGUUCCAACAACCAUUACUACGUUAUGUCAGCGAUUGUGCGUCUGCCGACGGGCGGCGGUGCCUACACGCCGGACAGCACCCCGGGCGUGGUUAUAGGCUCCACCCUGAUCGACGUCGGCAAGACGAGGCCAAAGGACGUGCCGAAAGCGAAGGCUGUUACGGGGUCAAACUCCGAGCGCAUCAAGACGAUCAGCGAGACCAUAUUGUGACGUGACGACAUGUUCACUCGCCACCACGUUCCUAGCACCAAGCAUCAGCUAUUUACAGUGAGCUGAUGGACUUUACUUAACAGUGCCGCUCGCAUGCUGCUGUGGCAUAUUUAGGGAUGGCUCAUUGGUUAGUGUAGGAUUGGAAACUUAGUGAAAAAGUGGCACAUGAAAAUGCACAUUCCAUGCCUGUCUCUGCGGUACCAUUACUUGAGAUCCGAUAUGUAUCAGUGUAAACAUUUAAAAAUCCCAUCCUCACCACAAGGUUAAUUGAAACCUUUUUUCACACAUCGUGAUCCACUGCACUAAAUGCAACCAAGGUUUUAUAAUACGUUUAAAGGCCCGCUUAUGUCGGCCUUACGACCUAGUCGCCGACAAGAUUUGAAUAUCGUACGUCAA